GCUGUGGGAGCGCCAUGUGGGGUGUGCAUCGUUCCACGCACGCCACCGCCACCUCAUCAACCGCUUCAGAGACCCCCUCGCUUGGCCGCCCAACCCCUCCCUGCAGGACCCCACCGAGCCAUCGUGCAACCGAAUGAGAUUGCGCCACGUCACCGUCUUCGUUGUCCCCACCAAUUCCUCAUGGUUCGAUGCGGGCAGCAUUGAGGGAUAUUAUUUCUGCCCGAGGUGCCGAAUGACAUGCCAG